GUUCGAUGUCGCUCGCGAAAGUGGAUCAACCACCCUCUUCCCCGGAUGACACCUGUUCGGACGGGAAAAACAGUUCCCGGAGCCGAAGCCAUAUGCACGUACAAAAGUAUCGUACUAGUUCUAGCAAAGAUGUAAAGAUGGUAGGACAAAUUUCUUCAGCAUGAUGAAGCACGCAAUUUAUUUGUAAUGCGGAUUCACUUUUUCUUUUAAGAAUAGGGUUUGUAAUGCAUAUUUCCUACGACUACUACCCUACGCGUACGAUACUCAUACUUUUCCACUGUACAAGUCACCCCAGUACCCCGGGCCGCGGCGGGGUAGUUUGCCGUAAUGGAGUGCAGCAGGAGGAGAAGGAUGCGAUAAUUCCGAUUCGGGGGACGAUGACGAC